AUGAUGACACCGUUGCAUAGAGCAUGUUUUUACGGUCAUAUAGAAUCAGCAAGGCUACUGUUGGAACAUGAUGCUAAUCCAGUUUGUAAAGAUGAUACAGAAGCCAUUCCAUUGGCAUAUGCCUGUCGUGGCGGUCAUCUUAACUUGAUGAUGAUGUAUUUUGAUGAAUUUUCUGAUCAUGAUAAAUUAGAAGAAGUCAUUACUGCUAAAGAUGGCGAAGGAAACACGAUAUUACAUUUGGCUGUAUCAUCAGCGAAUCUUAAACUCAUCGAUCUAUUACUAGCUAAAGGUUGCGAUCAUUCUGCAACGCGAAAUGAUGGACAGUCGGCUGUGCACAUCGCUGCUCGAACGGGUAGUAUUGAAAUAUUGAGAAGAUUAGUUGAAUAUGGAGCAGAUUUAUAUGCUGUUGAUAUAGAAUCAGAGAAUGUAUUACAUAAAGCAGCGUUUCAUAAUAAAGAAAAUAUCCUCGAUUAUGUUUUAUCCAUUCCCAAAGAUAAUUUUUCGAGUUUUAUUAAUCAAACAAAUCGUACUGGCCUUACACCGUUGUUAUUAGCCUCGGAACGUGGUCAUGCAUGGUGUAUUCAUUUGCUAUUACAAUAUGGUGCUGAUAUGUUUUCUCAUCGUGAUAAACGUGAACGAAGUGCACUAUGGUUAGCAUCAAUGGCAAAUCAUUUGGAAGCUGUUCAAGAACUAAUAAAUUUCGCUCAAACUCAAACAACAUCAACAAAAGAUUAUUUAACAAUAUCGAUCAAUGAAAUGGAUAGAUAUAAUAAGGCUCCGAUUCAUAUUGCUGCUGAAUGUGGAAAUGUUGAAAUUGUUCAUGUAUUAUUAGAAAAUGGUGGUAAAUUAACAAUGAAAACGGAUGAAGAACAAACUCCAUUAAUGUUAUGUGCUAAAAAAUGUCGUGUAGAAGUUGUUAAAUUAAUUAUUGAUUAUGUUAAUGCAAAUUAUAAAACAUUGAGAGAUAAAUUAAAUAUUAUGGAAGAACGAGAUGAUACAUCAAAUACAGCAUUACACAUUGCAUGUGCAGAAGGACAUUCAGCAAUAAUCAAAUUAUUACUUGAACAAAAUGUUGAUAUUCAAGCAAGAAAUAUGAUAUCGUGGAUGCCAAUACAUUGUGCAAGUGAACGUGGUCAUUAUACAAGUGUCAAAGUUCUAUUAGAAAAUCGAAGUCUGGUUGAUCCUGUUGACAAAAAUCAGCAAACACCACUACAUUUAGCAGCAAAAAAUGGUCAUAGUGAAAUAAUUAAAUUAUUAUUAAAUAACGGUGCUAAAAUUGAUAAAUGUACGUCGGAUGGUGAUAAUUGUCUUGAUUUAGCUAUUUUGAAUAAUCAAUAUUUAGCAGCUGAAACACUGGUUUCUCAUGAAGAUUGGUGUUUAAUAAUGAGAAAUGCCAAAUAUGAUCCAAAAUUACAGCGAAUGGAUACACCGUUGAGAAAAUUAAUUAGAAAAAUGCCUGAUGUUGCAUUGAUUGUACUAAACAAUUGUUGUAAAACUACCCCUAUAGAGCAAAAACAAACAAAAGAUUCGGAAAAAAAUCAUAUCAAUAUACUACAAUUAUCUCAUCAAGACGAUGCAACACAACAAACCAAGAAAUAUAAAUUAGAAUAUACUUAUGAAUUUUUGGAUGAUCAAUUUAAUCAAUGGGAAAAAGAAACAGAGAAUAGAGAAGAUAUCUAUGAGCCUGAUGGUCGAUUAUAUCCAUGGGUUUAUAGUCAAAUAAUUGAUCGUAAAAAAUUACAACAAAAUCAUCCACUCAUGUUAAUGGUUGAAAAAAAUCGUGAACGUUUACUCGAUCAUCCAAUUGUUCAUUCAUUACUUGAUUAUAAAUGGAAAUUAUAUGCUGGAUAUGUUUAUUAUUUAAAUUUUUUAUUUUAUUUAAUAUUUGUUGGUAUCCUUACAUCCUAUGUAUUUUUAUCUAUUGCACCAUAUCAUUUUGGUGUUACUCAUGAUCAAAUGAAACAAUUAUCAUGUAAAAAUAUAUGUAUGUCUAUUAUAGAAAAUCGUACAAUAGAAAUUAAUGAACGUCGUUCACGUAUUUUGGCAAUUCAUAUCGUUCAAUGGACGGUUAUUGUAUUAGCUUCAUUACAGAUAAUUAAAGAAAUAUUUCAAAUGAUAUCAGAACAACUUGAUUAUAUUAAUUUUGAAAAUCUUGUGGAACUAAGUGCAUUCGUUUUAGCUAUUCUGUUCACAAUUGAUUUUAAUUCAUGUUCAAGAGAAAUUGGUUAUAGAUGUUCUACACAAUGGCAAUUAGGUUCACUGGCUGUAUUUUUGUCUUGGUUUUCCCUUGUAUUAUUUAUUCAAAAAUUUCCACGUUUUGGAAUAUUUGUGGUGAUGUUGACUGAUAUAUUAAGAACCUUCUCAAGAUUUUUUCUAGUAUUUUUCUUGUUUGUUAUUGGUUUUGCAUUAGCAUUUCACAUGUUAUUACAAAAUCAUAAUCCAUUUCAACGUUUCGGUGACUCUUUAUUAAAAACGUGUGUGAUGAUGGUCGGCGAACUUGAAUAUGAAGGUAUAUUUCACAGUGAAGAACCAAACUAUUUUGCAAUUACAUAUUUAUUUUUUAUUAUAUUCAUUAUUGUGAUGUCAGUUAUCAUUAUGAAUUUAUUAAUUGGUUUAGCCGUUGAUGAUAUAUCGAGUGUUAUGCGCUCAGCACUACUCAAACGUUUAGCUAUGCGUGUAAAAUUAACUUUAGAUGUUGAACGACAACUACCAAGAAAUUCUUUUUUCAGAACUAUCCGUCGUUCUCGUACGGUAACCUAUCACAAAUCGAAACUGCAAAAAUUCUUAUCAAAAUUUUUACGUAUUCAAACCACAACAAAUUACGAUAAACAAUAUUUACUUUUAGACGCCUAUGGUCUCAUUAAUACAAAUAAAGGUACAAAAAGUCAAGUAGGUGGAACAGACGUCUUAAUGCUGAAUGAUACAAAUAAAGAUGCAACUACCUCCAUCGGAACAGGAGCCUCAAUCAUAAAUCAGAUCGAUUGGAUUCAAACGUUUCAUAGUAAAAUCAGCGAAAAAUAUAAUGAAUUUAAUCGACAUAUGAACGACUUAAAAAUUCAACAAGAUAAAAUAAAUACAAUUUUGCAACAAUAUUCACAAUCAUCAACAAAAAGUAGACAAAGUUCACACUUAACAUUUGCACCAGUUACAACAUAA